AUGGGUCCAGGUAGCUUAAGUAGGCAAGCUAUGAGACGUCAUUGUGUGAAGCCGCUGAAUAUCAACCAAGGAAUAGAAGUCCCAUUAGAAGCACUGGGGCAUCAGCAUCGGUUGCCAGUAUUACCAGCCGCCAGCAAGCGUCGGGCUGGAUGGGUCCAUGAGCUUACCACGUAUAGUACGACAUAUUCUGGCCUCUCGGCGUGA